AACUCUCUGCUGGGCUGCUGGCCGCUCUCGUCUCCGACAUCGGGCCGCGCGCUCCUCCUCGGCUCGACGCCGAGCCGCGCCUUGCCCGCACCGUUGCUGGAGAAGAGGAGGCGGGCGGAGAAGGAGAAGAGGAGGGGCCGUCGGCGGGGACUGGUGACGGGGCCCGCGGAGGGCACCGGCGUGGGCCUUCUCCGCCUUCCCGCUGGGGAGGACGGGCGCUGGCGUGGGGUCAGCGACGAGGCGCCGGCAGGAUAAGGGGACAGCAGCUUCUUGGGUCGCGGCGGAUCUCGCGGGGUGGCCGUGCGACGUCGCCCUGGGGUGCCUCUGCCUCGACGCCGGUCCAACCGAGGCGGAGCUCAUGCGAAGAAGCCGCUAGAUCUGCCGGCCUCUCCACACCUGCCUCGACGCAAGUCCGGGAGGGUAGCGAGCGGAUCGAUGCUCGCGGAGAGAGCAGGGGCGAGGAUAUAAGGCUGAGCGGUGCAGAGUAGGUACGUUUGCCUUCGACGACUCCCCCACCUUCUCCGGCGCCUGGCGCCGCGGCAUGGAGCGCCCGAAGAAGACCGCGGUGGCUGGCCUACCCGACGACCUCCUGGUGGAGAUCCUCUCCUGCCUCCCCAUCAACGAGAUCCACCGAUGCAAGUGCGUCUCCAAAGGCUGGCGCGACCUCAUCGCGGAUCCCCUCCACCACAAGAAGCUCCCCCAAACCCUCCAUGGUUUUUUCCCUUCCUACGUGGGGGAGUUGGGAUCUUUCAUCAAUCUGUCUGGGGGAUCCGCGUCAACCUUCGACCCUUCCUUCGCCUUCCUCAAGAAGCUGCCUGGCAUUCACAACAUCUGGCUCAGGGCGUCCUGCAACGGGCUCCUCCUCUUUAGGCACAGCACCAGGCUUCGCGAGCUUGGCUAUAUUGUGUUCAACCCCGCCACUGAGCAGUGGGCGGCCGUGCCCAGCGAGCAUACUCUGGCUGAUAGGCCUAUUCGCUUCAGCCACACCUGUUUCGUGUUCAAUCCGGCUGUCUCCCCCUACUUCCAUUUGGUCAUCAUCAGCGCGCGGGGGGUGAGCCUGGCAACAGUGCAAUUCUACUCCUCAGAAACAGGGGUGUGGAGGCACACCCAGAUUGACUGGGCUGAAGAAGUAGAGCUGCGAAGACAAUGGAAUAAGCGGGAUCCUCAGAUCAGGGGGUGCACCCCUUGUGCUGCCAUUUUCAACAGCAUGCUGUAUUUGAUCUUGACUGAUAAUCAGAUAUUUGAGGUGGAUGUGGAAGGGAACACAAAAAGGAUAAUCCGAGCGCCAUCUUCUGUGGGUGGGCGGGUUCAUGGCUGCGUUCCGCUUUUCAUUGGUCAAUCCCAAGGGCGCCUAUAUUGCAUCAAUGAAGAACAUUGGGCAGAUGGUAUCCCAUCUGAACUGUCCAGUCGUGUUUUUAGAAGAGACUCCGAUGAUAAUUCUAAUCUACUGUCAAUCUGGGUUCUUGAGGACUAUGAUACACAAAAGUGGGCCCUUAAGCACAGUGUGAGCUGUUCACGUCUGUUUGGAAGGACAGGUUUUCUUGGUUACAAUGUUGUUGCCAUUCAUCCAGACAACAACAAUUUCAUGUUCAUUGUAUAUCGGAAACACCAGCUGAUAUCAUAUGGCUUGAAUAGCAAGGAAGUGCGGACUGUCGGCACAUUUCAGGAAUCCUUGCAGCUUCCUCCUUAUGUUCCUUGCUUCUCGGACUUCUUAUCAGUGGCACGGCAUGAAGAGAUACUAGGGGUUGGCGUGUGAGAUAAGCGUGAAGGACGUUGCCAGGGCAGGCGACCGUGCAGUGGCCAUUGAUCACUCAGGACAGAUAGCACGGAGGUGGGCAAGACGAACCCUGUAGCAUCCGCUGUGUUUCUGCAUUCGCUCUAGCAUGCACAAGCUUUUGUAUUUGCUUAUGAAAUAGGCUAUCUGCCUGUGACUUAUUUGUUUCAUUUCUUAUCCUCUUUCUUGAGACGUCUUAUCUAAUUAAUACUGCAACCACUUCUACUACUGCAAGAAAAAACACACAAGGUUGCAAAUUAAAAGUUGAGACAUGUUUGUAUGCUUCUUUUA